CUUCAGAUUCUUUGAUUCUUUGAUCGAGUCCAAACCGUGACGGCACGGAGGACGGGCGCAGAUCAACGUCCUGAUUUUCUGAAGCAAAGAGUGAGGCGGUGCCACAACAUGACUUUAAUCAUGUGAUGAUAUGUAAGGUGUCGACAUCACUCUUGGAGUCUUGGUGCUGCGUUACACAUUUUAAGUAACGAGCCCGACGAUGACGAGUGCGUCUUGGACGCCGGAGACGCGCAACGGCACGAGGAGCUCAGUGUGUUUGGAGCCACCGGCUGAGAUCAUUCAUCACUCGCAGCACUGACCGACCGGCCGACUGAACAGAUAGCGGGAUACAAACAGACUCCUUAUGUCUCUGUGAAAUAUCCCUCAACAAAAGAUGGAUGUCCUCCUCGCCCCCCCAAAAGAGACAACAGCGACGGGUGAGUGAAAUCGGAGAUGCUGCGCACGGCGGCCAAAAUCCCGGAGCUUUUGUGAACAGGACUGUGGGUGUGUGCGCGUCAGGCUCGCUGUUAAACCUUCAGACUGCACUCGCCAACUUCCCCCGCUUUCAUCAAGUCAUGUCUGAUACAGAGCGAUGGGCAAGUUUGACGACAACGAGAGGAUAAUCCUCAACGUCGGGGGGACGAGGCACGAGACCUACAAAACCACCUUAAAGACGCUGCCGGGGACGCGCCUGGCCCUGCUCGCCUCCGAUUCGGACAUCGACUCCGUGCUGGAUCAGCUGCAACAAGUCCCCGGCUUCAUCGAGUACAACGCGCGGACCAACGAGUACUUCUUCGACCGUCACCCGGGCGUCUUCGCCUACGUGCUCAACUACUACCGCACCGGCAAGCUUCACUGCCCGGCGGAUGUGUGCGGACCGCUGUUCGAGGAGGAGCUCUCCUUUUGGGGCAUCGAUGAGACGGACGUGGAGCCCUGCUGUUGGAUGACAUACCGACAGCACCGGGACGCGGAGGAGGCUCUGGACGUGUUCGAGCUCAACGUGGACAACGGAGACGAGGACGACGAGAUAGGGAAGAGGCUCGGCAUCGAGGACGUGGCUGCCGACGGGAACGUCAGCCUGUGGAGGAAGUGGCAGCCGGUAAUCUGGAAUCUGUUCGAGGACCCCUACUCAUCCAGGGCGGCGAGGUUUAUUGCCUUCGUGUCUUUGUUCUUCAUCCUGGUUUCCAUUACCACCUUCUGUUUGGAGACUCAUGAGGCUUUCAACAAAAUCAUCAACAAGACUGAUGUGGCGCGGGACGGCAACGUGACCGACUCAGGUCCACAGUAUGAGAUCGAAACUGAUCCUGCUCUUACAUAUGUGGAAGGUGUUUGUGUCUUCUGGUUCACCAUUGAGUUCCUGGUGCGUGUGACCUUCUGCCCAGUCAAGUUGGAGUUUUUUAAGAGUCUUCUUAACAUCAUUGACUUCGUGGCUAUCUUGCCUUUCUACUUGGAGGUUGGGCUGAGCGGCCUUUCUUCAAAGGCUGCCAAGGAUGUGUUGGGUUUCCUCAGGGUGGUUCGUUUUGUUCGUAUUCUGCGUAUCUUCAAGUUAACACGACACUUUGUGGGACUUAGAGUACUGGGCCACACGUUACGGGCUAGCACCAAUGAAUUCCUGCUGCUCAUCAUCUUCCUGGCAUUGGGAGUGUUAAUUUUUGCCACAAUGAUAUACUAUGCCGAAAGAAUCGGCGCCAAGCCCAAUGAUCCCACGGCUACCCUCCACACUAAGUUCAAGAACAUCCCCAUCGGCUUCUGGUGGGCCGUGGUAACCAUGACAACACUGGGAUAUGGUGAUAUGUAUCCAGAGACCUGGUCAGGUAUGGUCGUGGGCGCAUUAUGUGCUUUAGCCGGUGUGCUGACGAUAGCCAUGCCUGUGCCCGUUAUCGUCAAUAACUUUGGAAUGUACUAUUCUCUGGCUAUGGCCAAGCAGAAGUUACCCAAAAAGAGGAAGAAACAUAUCCCUCAAGCAGUGCAGGGAGGCUCCCCCACCUACUGCAAAGCUGAUCUCAACACCACCUGCAACAGUACUCAAGGUGACCUGUGCCACGUCAAAGGCAGCAGGGUACUAGAACGCAACCGUUCAGGCUAUGAGAAAUCCCGGAGCUUAAACAACAUAGCGGGCAUGACUGGCAUGGCUGGUAACACUCUGAGGCUGUCUCCUGUGACCUCGCCCUAUGGAUCGCCCUGCCCGCUACGCCGCUCUCGCUCCCCUAUCCCUUCCAUCCUGUGAGAUGUCCACCUCUGGACCGCUUUGACCCCAACCAACCCAUAUCCGUUCCACUAACAAACCACAUCCCCCUGGCAUCAAAUCCGAACUCUGUUUAGUUCUUGUGACUAGUGGAAAAGUACUCCACCAUCGUAGCCAAGAAUCGUGUAAAUGUCUCGAGUAACCUGAGCAAGUUCUGCGCUUUUCCUCCAAGGUACAUCUGCUUAGCUCACAUUCAUCUCCUGAUGUACCUUUUAGCUCGAUAUUAUCAUCAUGUGAGUCUUGCAAUAAAAAAACUGUUACUGGUGGCUUCAGAGGUAGCAGCCAUAACGUGUAAUAAAGGACAUUUAAUAAUCAGGGAUAUUAGAUGUUGUUAUAUUUAGAUACCUUGAUGUGCUUCCAGAAAAAGAAAGAGAGAUGUCACUUUGUUUUAACCUCACACAAACUGUGACUUUGUUGAUGGUAAACUGUGUUGUAAUUGGUUUGGAGUUGGAGAGGAGGGGCAAGUCGCUUUCCACCCGCUGUUGGGCCUGCUCAUGUUUUUUGCAUGGAUCAUCCUGUAACCAUCGUCUUCGAGAAGCGUGCACAGAGGAGGGGAGGAGAGGAUCUGUAGGACAGACUUGGAGUUGUUUCUAUAAAACGUUGUUAUGUUGGGAUUUAGGCGAGGGAGGGCGUCCCCGACUCGUACCAUGUCUCAUUCUGCCAUUGGCUUCAGCAACAAUCCACCGAGGAGACUGAAAACACCCAGCUGGGCGUUGCUUUCUGCUCAUUUGCUGCUAUUUCUGAAUAACUUUCUCCUCCUCUGUGUCUAAUUUUCUUUUUCCUCUGACGUAGUGCCACCAAAUCUGUUUCUGGUUGUUUACUCACAGAUAACUGCAAAGAGGUUGUCUUUACUGGUUUUACACAAGCAGAGAGCAGCGUUCUGUCUUAAUGGCUUGAAGAAAGGCACCGCCAUAGUGGAAAGUGGGAUAAAUUGUCAUCAGUAUGAGGACCUAUUGCAGUGGGGAGACCUCAUUUGGAGCCAUAAGGCCACGCCUACAGGACAAUAAGGAUGAGGACGCACCCGAGAGCCACUGACCGACAGGCUGUCGGUGAGCAGACUGGACGACUCGUCCUUAAAAGAGACUAUCUAGUGCGUAGAUUUUGCUCCUGUAAAUACAAAACAACACAGCACAUCUGGGCCACGUGGCUCUGUCCACACAUCUGUCUUUUGAUAUAGCGAGUCAGGUACGAGGCGGCUCGCUGCUACGUUGACACUCUGAGUCGAUCGUAUUUCUUGCUGUGGUAUCCCUCCUCGCAAUAAAUGUAUUGAGACGCAUCAGUCGAGGCACUUUGUGUUCAAAACAAGGAGUGUGUUCAUAUAUGAAAUUCCACACCGAGUAUAUACAGUGUAGAGAGGCAACGUUGAAUAAAUGUGAUCAUCUCUGCUUUUGUUUCUCUUUGUAAUUUCAGUAGGUUAACUGCUCUGCUGUGUGUAACUGUGUGUGUGUGGGCGUGUCCUAACAAUCCAGGGUAAGGUCUAUAGCUUGAAAGGCCCGGUCAGACCAGCGAGUGGACUCGAUGCUGUCACUCUUGUACAUUUAGCACCAACACAAAUGAGACAGAGCUCCCCUGUGAUGCAGUGCCGUUGUAGAAGUCCCCUCUCUACCCUGGGUUAGUGCUGCAGACGUUCAUCUCUAUAAACCAAAUUACUCUGACCAGACGAUUCCUCAUGACUCCUGGUGGCUAACAAAAACAACUUGAUUCUUCCAGAUCUUUCCCCUUAUGGGGGUGAAGCAAACGUGUAGCAGAAGUUUAUACAGCGGGACUUCUAGAAUGGCUACAUCUGCACCGUAGCAAUCCCACAUACCCACACAAUCAGAUUGGAUUCGCAAUAAGCACCCGAAAAACAAAAGCACCGAUCCACACUGUGAUUUCAGGAGCCUGUUAAAACAGGAAGGUGAAGGAAAACGAAGCUGCCAGGCGAGAUCUGAAAGAGGCACAGCAGCACAGUUUAGGCUAGCUGCUCUAGUGCCGCCCUGACCAUCCUCCUCAUGUAGUACACACGCUGCUUCACUCUUUGGAUCGACAAAGGGGUACCGUUCUUCGUGUAUUUCUAGGAUGAUGUUAUAACUUGAAAAAAAAGGUGUUUAUUUUUUUGAAACCAGAACAUGUAUUUUUGUGUCUUACUGUGGAGUACUUUGCUCUUUCCUGUAAAGUCCUGGUAGUCUGAUGCUGUGCUUCUACAUCGUGUCCUCCAACUGUCAGGCUUUUGAUCCAAGUUCAUGUUUCGUAUGUUUUACUGUGAGCAUAAUUCUAGUUUUUGUAAUUCUGUAUUUGUGGAGCCUUUUGUUGGCAAGUGCAUGCUGAAAAGAAAAAUCAUUAUGUCAAACUGUAAAAGAAAUAAAAUAAGAUGACAUAUUGUAUAUCACGUUCAAAACAAUGUGUAU